GCGCGCCUUUCACCACUGAGUCUCUCGACUGCGGCAACACCUCACGUUAGCUGCUCUCGUCCGCUCCCGUUCCUCACAUUCCAUUACUUUUGUGUUGUUAAUUCUUAUCAUCCAAAAUGCGUGAGUGCAUCUCGAUCCAUGUCGGACAAGCUGGAGUCCAGAUGGGCAACUCCUGCUGGGAGUUGUACUGCCUGGAGCACGGCAUCGCUCCCGAUGGUUCCAUGCCGUCUGACAAGAGCCUUGGAGGCGGCGAUGACUCCUUCAACACGUUCUUCAACGAGACCGGCGCAGGGUACUAUGUUCCCCGCGCCGUGUUUGUCGAUCUCGAGCCCUCUGUCGUCGAUGAGGUUCGCAACGGUACCUACCGCCAGCUUUACCAUCCUGAGCAGCUGAUCACCGGCAAGGAGGAUGCGGCCAACAACUACGCCAGAGGCCACUACACCAUCGGCAAGGAGAUCGUCGACCUCGUGCUCGACCGCGUCAGGAAGCUGGCCGACAACUGCACUGGUCUCCAAGGAUUCCUGGUGUUCCACUCUUUCGGUGGUGGCACUGGCUCAGGUUUCACUUCCCUGCUCAUGGAAAGACUGUCUGUCGAUUACGGAAAGAAGAGCAAACUGGAAUUCGCCAUCUAUCCCGCUCCUCAGGUCGCGACCGCUGUCGUUGAACCUUACAACUCCAUCUUGACCACCCACACUACCCUCGAACAUUCCGAUUGUGCUUUCAUGGUCGACAAUGAAGCUAUCUAUGAUAUCUGCCGCCGCAACUUGGAUAUUGAACGACCUACCUAUUCCAACCUGAACAGACUUAUCGGCCAGAUCGUAUCUUCUAUCACCGCUUCCCUUCGAUUCGAUGGUGCACUUAACGUUGACUUGACUGAAUUCCAGACUAACUUGGUGCCUUACCCUCGCAUCCAUUUCCCUCUAGUCACUUACGCGCCCGUUAUCUCCGCUGAGAAGGCUUACCACGAGCAGAUCUCGGUAGGAGAAAUCACCAACGCUUGCUUCGAGCCUGCUAACCAGAUGGUCAAGUGCGAUCCCCGCCACGGAAAGUACAUGGCCUGUUGUCUGCUGUACAGAGGCGAUGUGGUCCCCAAGGACGUUAACGCUGCCAUCGCUUCCAUCAAGACCAAGCGCUCCAUCCAAUUUGUGGACUGGUGCCCAACUGGUUUCAAGGUUGGUAUUAACUACCAGCCUCCUACUGUUGUGCCCAACGGUGACCUGGCUAAGGUUUCUCGCGCCGUGUGCAUGUUGUCCAACACCACCGCCAUCGCCGAGGCCUGGGCUCGCCUUGACCAUAAGUUUGAUUUGAUGUACGCCAAGCGCGCCUUCGUGCACUGGUACGUCGGAGAAGGUAUGGAGGAAGGUGAAUUCUCUGAGGCUCGUGAAGAUCUUGCCGCCCUUGAGAAGGAUUACGAAGAAGUCGGUCUCGACACCGUCGCUGAUGAUGACGAGCAAGGCGAAGAUUAUUAGGUUGCUGAUGUUUAAAAGACUGUUAUCCCGAUAAUGGUCUUAAAACUGUGCAAUGAUAACAUUUGCCUCUCAAAUUGGUGCUAUGAUUGAUGAUUUAUAUUCGGCAACAAAAUUAAUUU